UAAAAACAUGUGCAUGUGAUCCUCGUAAGUAGAUCCACUGGCGGGUCAAAUGACGUCAUGUUUAAGUAAACCGCUAUCAUUCUUCCAAGAUCGGCGCGAAAUAUAAAAUUUCUUAGUCCGAAUGACAAGCUCUCCUCCCCCAUAUACUAAAUUAACGAAUCCAGGAUGGGCUCAGCGGUAAGAUAACGGAGAGAAGACGUGUGUCUCCUGGUUGAAGGUGGCAUUUGUGUAGUUUAACCAGUCCGUUGUGGCACAACCAGCUACCUUAUUUUUAUUUCUUGCCGACCAUGUCUGAAGACUACACUGUUACCGAAGUUCGAAAGACGAAGAAAACAAAAAAGAAGACAAAAAUUAGCUAUGAAGUGGACACGGACGAGAGGACUUCUGAUGGACUGCAAUUUCAGGAUGAAUCUAGAAAUGAGAUUGUUUAUGCGGACGAUUUCACAAAAUCUGCGCCUAAGGAACUCACAGCUGGUCAUUUCUGCUGCUGGCAGUGCGACGAUUCCUUGACUGGUCAACGCUACGUUCUGAGAGAUGACCACCCCUACUGUGUGCGCUGCUACGAACAAGUCUUUGCUAACUCUUGUGAGGACUGCAGCAAGAUUAUUGGUAUAGACUCUAAGGACCUGUCCUAUAAGGACAAACACUGGCAUGAAGCAUGCUUUCUGUGUAACAAGUGCAGGGUAUCGCUUGUGGACAAACCCUUUGGCUCGAAAGCAGAGAAAGUCUACUGCUCAAGUUGCUACGAUGCCACCUUCGCUACGAGAUGCGACGGCUGCGGCGAAGUAUUCAGGGCAGGAACGAAGAAAAUGGAAUAUAAGGGGCGUCAGUGGCACGAGAAGUGUUUCUGUUGUUUGAUGUGUCAAAAUCCCAUUGGAACCAAAAGUUUCAUUCCUCGGGACAACGAUAUUUACUGCACUGUUUGCUAUGAGGAGAAGUACGCCACUCGUUGUAUCAAGUGUGAUCAGAUCAUUACUAGCGGUGGUGUGACGUAUAGGAAUGACCCGUGGCACCGGGAGUGCUUCUGCUGUACAAACUGCAACUUAUGCUUAGCCGGACAACGAUUCACCUCACGUGACGAUAAGCCCUAUUGCGCCGAUUGUUUUGGAGAAUUGUUUGCUAAGAGAUGUAUCUCUUGCAACAAACCUAUUACAGGUAUUGGUGGAACCCGAUUUAUUUCGUUUGAAGACCGCAAUUGGCACAAUGAAUGUUUCAUCUGCGCCAUGUGUAAUUCUUCCAUGGUAGGCAAAGGCUUCAUCACGGAUGGUCCAGAUAUAUUGUGCCCAGAAUGUGCCAAGCAGAAGUUGAUGUGAGUAGGGACAUCUAGCGAGGAAACGACAAACGAUGCACCAGUUUUUAGUAAUGUAGAAAACAACGCUUAACUCUUGUUGUCAUACAAACAACCACAACCAAUCUGAAUUCACAAGGCUCUAAAAUUAUGUUUAUCACCUACAAAAUUAUCCAUACCUUAAACGUUUUUUUCAUUCAUUUCUUCUUGCUUUAUAAUAAAAUGUUCAGUGCAAAGCGUUAAUACUAAAAUUUUAAAUUCAAAAAAAAUUAUUGCUCGAUGAGUUAUUUUUUUAGUGAAAGGAAAAUAUUGUUUGUAUGGGUUUUCUGUUUAUUUCUAAAUAGUGAAUGUUAAUUCACUCAUUAUUAACUAUAAAUGUUACCCUUCAUCGCAGUUCUUGAAUAAUUCAUUAGAGUUAAUCAAAUUAUAAUUACAAUGCUUUAAAGACCAUAUUCUAUGAGCUUUUAUAGGAACUUACCCACCACCCAGCAUUCCAUACUCUCGAAUUAGAGUAUUUUCGUAUGGCGUGCUGGGUGGUGAAGAGUGUCCUUUGAUAUUGUGUAAUUAUUGUAUUCAGGUUGUUACGUCCGAGCUUCUGUGCGUUGUGUGUUAUUUGUGUUGAAGAAAUACUAAAGUGCUGAAUCUUUUAGGGUUUUUCUUUUUUGGAUUUUAGCAAAAAAAAUCCUUAUUGCUUGCUUUAAAUAUUGAAGUUACGACACCUGUUCCACUUGAAACAGUGUUGAAUAAAACAGGGUGUCUAUGUUA